UCCCUGUUUAGAAACUAAAGGAGCAAGUCAAAGACACAUGUUGCAGGUGACCAAGCUUGGGCAGCAGGGAAACGUAGAAGCAAAAACGAUAAACAAGGUGCUCUUUUUUCUCCUGCUGUCGUGCACAUGCAGGGUUGCAGCCCGGCUGGGACAUCACCAAGCGGUGGAGGGUGACGUCAGCGAGCCACGGACUGUGACAUCGCCGAGCCACGGACUGUGACCUCGCGUCCUCGCUGCUUAUCUCCGGGCGCCGGCAGAGCCUGGCUCAGCCUGGCUCGUGCCUGGACUCCUGCCGAGCAGCCUGCGAGGCGUGGACGUCAGAGCGAGGCUUCUCCUGGUGCUGGGUGGUGCUUUGGGGGCUGCUGGUGGCAGCUCUCGCUCCCAUCCCAGAGCCAUCCCCCGUGUUUCCCCAGCCCUGCCUGCUUCAGGCAGCCGGGCACCGCGGCACACACUUGCAGCAGCGGAGUGCUCAAGCCCUUUGGCAGCACCGGGACCAGCCAGGGGAAGCAGCUGUUGCUCCUCAGCUCUCCCCAACCCGCUGCACAGCACAACCAUGGCCAGCGAGACAGCGUGGAGCUGCCCCAUCUGCCGGGAAGCUCGCAAGGCCGUCACCUUCGUGCAGCCCUGCCGGCACCAGUUCUGCGUGGGCUGCAUCCUGCGCUGGGCUAAGAGGACAUCAACUUGCCCACUCUGCAGAGGCCAGAUGGAGGAGAUCGAGAUCUCUGUGCAGGGAGAUGACUGCCUGUGUGUCGGCAUGUCCCCUGCACAGCCAGCCCUGGCCAGCACCCAGGCAAGCGCAGCUCCCAGCCGCCCGGUCAGCAGCAGCCGCUCUGGCCCCGCGGCGUCCCCUCUGUUCUUUGUCAUGGGGACGCCGUUCCCGGAAGAGCAGGGGGCUGUGGAGACGGAGGACACGGCGGCCGUGGACGGGCUCCUGCCCCAGGUCUGGGCAGGGCUUUUCCGGCAACACCAGCACCUCCUGGAGCCCGUGCUGCCCUGGCUCAGCCUGCAGCUGGACGCCAUCUAUGAGGAGCAGUGGUGGCUGGCGGUGGCAACACGGAGGAUGAUCCUGUACGCCCUGUGCUGCCACGGGCUGGACGAGGAGGCCCUGGUCCAGUGCAUGGAGCCCCAGCUCCAGGAAAAUGCAGCACCGCUGGUGCGUGGCCUCAUCCAGGUCAUCGUGGAGCGCUGCAGCGAGGACGCCUGGAGGCUGCUGUGCUCCUACGGGGCCGAGGAGGAGGACUACGGCCGCGCAACCAGCCCCAGCCCCAGCAGCUCCCACGUGGGGACUCCCGACCCCAGGCUGGCCCCCACCAGCCCUGCGGGCUCCGACGUGGAGGAUGAAGCCAGCACGUCGGAGGCCGCCCUGCGCAGGGCUCCCAGCUGCCUUCCAUCUGCGCCCGGGCCCGCGCAGCAGGAGCAGCCCCAGCAGGAGCCGGGGCAGGUGGCGCCUACAGGACCCUCUGCCCAAGGCUGCAGCCGCAGCCCCUCCGCUGCCAGCCAGGGCACGGACCCCUUGCCCAGGGGGCCCCGGCGCCCCACAAAGAGGAGGAACCCCGGUCCCCAGGACUCUCCCCAGCCCCGCAAGAGGCCGCCGCGCCGGAGGCACUAGCGGGGUUCCAGCUUCCGGUAGCGGAAGCAAAAGCAAAUAAACUUCUGUUUCCUUGACACAGUCUCUGGGUGCUGCUUUCUCCCCCUUUUCCUGGAGC